CCAGUAGCCAUUGCAAAUAAAUAAUAAACAAAGGCUUUUUCUUGGACUUUGAUAACUAAAAAAGUUCUUUAUAAAUACUAAUUGAUUGUUAAUUACUAUAUAAGAUUUACUCUUAAAUAGUUGUUGUAAUAUUGUGCUGCAUAAGAAAAAUCAACGUUGUCUUUGAUACGUUAGUGAUUGAUCUACAGUAUAUCAAAAUAAUAUUACGUUAUAACCUCAAAUCAGUUAAGGUUAGAUUUAACAUUAAAAAGCAGUUUAAAUGCGAUGUUACAGUGUUUUUGAUUUUAAAAUGAUACUAAGUGACACUUAAUUAUCCUGUUCUAAAAACAUUUGAACAGAUAUUGUGACUGUUGAACACACAACCAAAAAAAAUGGUAGCUAAGCAGUAUAUACUUCUAAAUAGAUAUAAACGUUUCUUCAUUACUGUGUUAGUUGUUUUAUUGAUCUCUUUUCUAGUCAUAUGUGUUGGUCUCUUAAAUUUACUCCCUUCAUUUGGUUUCCUAAAUUCUGGAAGUAUCAUCUAUCACAAAAUUAAUCUGGAUAGUUUCAGUGGUGUUCCUAGAGUAACAGUUGUUGACUCACAAGUUGCGGCACCAAGAAACGAUCGUUGUAACUAUUAUGAUUGCUUCAAUGUAUACAAAUGUGGACAUCAAGGAAGUGGAAAGAUUCUUGUGUUCGUUUAUCCUGUCAAGGAGUAUGUCGACCAUAAAGGUAAUGUGGUAGCGCCAAUGUCUAAAGAGUUUUUCGGAAUUCUUCAAGCUGUUGUAAAGAGUCGCUACUAUACACCAAAUCCAGAAGAAGCAUGCCUAUUUGUUCCUUCAAUCGAUACGUUAAAUCAAAAUAGAUUUAACAGCAAGAAAACAUCACAGGCACUAUCAAUGUUGCCCAUGUGGCACAAUGGAGAGAAUCACUUGAUUUGGAACAUGCUACCUGGAUCUCCGCCUUCAUUCGGUAACGUGGUCGAACUGAAUGUUGGGAACGCGGUAAUAGCCGGAGCAGGGUUCGACUCUUGGACUUACAGGUCUGGCUUUGAUGUAUCUCUGCCGGUUUUCAGUCCUUAUGCAGACCACAUCAAAGUGGAUCCACAUCAAGAAAGAGAGUGGUUACUGUUGUCGUCGCAAGUCAAUAUACAUCCAGAUUUUGAAACAGAGCUGGCCCAAGUAGAGAGUGACAACUCGGAUCUUUUCAUGCUAUUAGAGCCGUGCGAAGGAAAGCAAAAUGCAUCGUUGCGUUGUCAUCACCAGAAAGUCUUCAAUUAUCCUCAAGUUCUUGGGUCGGGGAAAUUUUGUUUGGUUAUACGAGGAGCCCGUCUGGCUCAGCCAAACUUGAUGGAUGCGCUUGCCUUUGGAUGUGUACCGAUUGUUGUAGCCGAUACCAUGGUACUUCCUUUUUCCGAUGUCAUUGAUUGGAAUAGGGCUGUCUUGACACUACGUGAGUCUGAUCUGAACAAUGUGAUGACACUCGUCAAGGAUGUAUCUGUGGAGCGCACAAAACAGAUGUCGGCCCACUGCCAGUGGCUUUACAACAAAUAUUUCUCCUCCAUUGAGUCCGUAACUUUAACUACACUAGACAUUAUAAACGAUCGGAUAUUUCCUCAAAACGCCAGAUCCUACGAUGAAUGGAACUCUCCGCUAAAGCCUUACACGCCGCAAUCUCCAUUAUACUUGCAACUGACAGCGCCCAAGUCUCCCGGCUUCACGGCUGUUGUCCUCACCUACGACCGAGUCGAAAGUCUCUUCCUGUUGGUCCAAAAACUGGUCAAAGUGCCAUCGCUCAACAAAGUCCUAGUAGUGUGGAAUAACCAGAAGAAAUCUCCUCCGCCAUCUUCAUCGUGGCCGAAAGUAUCGAAGCCAAUCAAAGUUAUCCAGACCAAGGAAAACAAACUGUCCAACCGUUUCUAUCCCUACGAGGAGAUCGAGACUGAAGCAGUUCUGCACAUUGAUGAUGAUAUUGUCAUGCUAACUGCUGAUGAGUUGGAAUUCGGCUAUGAGGUAUGGAGGGAGUUUCCCGACCGCAUCGUUGGAUUUCCUUCGCGAACGCAUGUCUGGGACAAUAGCACUCACAAAUGGAAGUAUGAGUCAGAAUGGACCAACCAUAUAUCCAUGGUCUUGACGGGUGCUGCAUUCCAUCACAAGUACUGGAACUACCUGUAUACAACGUCGAUGCCAGGUGACAUCAAGGAGUGGGUGGACACUCAUAUGAACUGUGAGGACAUAGCCAUGAAUUUCCUCGUUUCAAACAUUACCAACAAGGCACCAAUAAAAGUGGCGCCGCGUAAAAAGUUCAAAUGCCCGGAAUGCGUGAACAACGAGAUGCUUUCAGCCGACCUGAGCCACAUGAUGGAGCGCUCGCGAUGCAUAGACCGCUUCUCGGCCGUUUACGGUCUCAUGCCGCUGCGUACUGUCGAAUUCCGCGCCGAUCCCGUCCUAUACAAGGACGCUUUCCCACAGAAGUUAAAGCGCUUCAACAAUAUUGGAAGUCUUUAAGUCAACCCUGCACUAGAAUCUACAAAGUGAGCACAAUCAAAAUAGUGAUUUGUUUCACUGUAAGUGCAAAAGUGAAUUUGUAUGGCUUUUGCUGGUGGGGAGUCCCUUGCGGGAAGGUCCCACCUCGCCUGAAUAUAUCAUUGAAGCCGUCAAUGGGCCUUACGGCUGUCAUACUUCAGACGGGACCGACAGUUUAACAUGCCUAUUCGAUAACACGGGAAUGACCUGAUCCAAAACUUUUGGUGAUAAGCGGGUUUGAACCCGGGAUCUUUAGGCUGCUACGCAAGCAUUCUAUCCACUAGACCAUAAUGUUAAUGUUACCAUUCCAAUUGGAUUUUUUGUGAAAGAGGUGAUUGAAUCGCCUUGUUUUAAAUAUUCAAGACUCUAAUACAAAUCAGGAUUAUGUUUUCUACAUAAAGACACUACUCCGAAUGAAAUACUCCCAAUCAACUCUACACUGACUAGAUGAUUGAUGAAAUACGAAAGUGAGGUAAUAUCACCACAUAUAUGUACAUUGAAUAUUUAUAUUGUUUUCUCUAUACAAUUACUAGUACUCUCAAUGGGUGCCCUUGGUAUUACCUUAGUACCGUUAAUGGUACUCUUUGUUAGGGCACUAGUAAUCAUUAUAUAAAAAUCUAUCCAGUAUCAAUGUAGAAAUAAAUAAAAAAACUAUAAUAUUGUAUUUUUUUUCAAUGGAUUAUGUUCGGUGAAAACAAAAUUUCAUCUUAUUUCAACAGCUAGAUUAUUUCACACAACAGUGAAAUAAUUGCUUAUAAUUAUAAAAUUAUAAUUAUUUAUUUUAAUUAUAAAGUGCUUCUUAUUUCACACAACAGUGACAGUGAACAUAGAAAAUAUGAUUCCCACAAGUUCUAAUUGGACUUUGCCAUAAAUGUUAAUCAUUAAUGAUUAUUUAUAUUUAUCUAAUUGGACUUGGCCCAUUCAGCCCGGCUGAGCGAGUAUGAAUAGUCCCAUUAGAGUUUAUGAGAAUCAUAUUUUCGCCACACUGCACAGAAAGCAGCUGUUUUCCAGUCCCUACGUAGAUCUGAAAGACAUUGUUUGCAGACGACUCGCGUCUGACGUCAGAACAGGUUUCUUUCCGGCCUAGGCUAACAUGGAACUAAGAAAGGUGAUCAAAAAACAGCUGAUCAAAAAACUUUUCAUUAUUUGUGUUCAUUAUUCAAUAAUUAAAACAUUUAUAACAAUAUGUUCUUAUUGUCAUUUUUGAAAGAAUAAAAAAGUAUAAACUCAACCUCCCACAUAAUUGAACAUCAUCUUUUAGGUUAUUUAGACAAAUCAGAAUAAAAAAUAAAAAUACUUGGACAAUUUCCUGAUAUUCAGAUUACUUCAGAUUUGCUAGAGCUACAGUAUCACCUUCCACUUCUGCUUUCGGAAGUGCUUAGUAAACAACUAUUCUCAUAUAUAUAUAUAUAUAUUAUAUAUAUAUAUAUAUAUAUAUAUAUAUAUAUAUUAUAUUGUUUAUUUUUGUGUGUGGCGAAAAAUAGCGUUCGCAUCACGGGCAAAAAUGUUUUUCCGGCUCUCAAUCUUUUCUAGUCCUCGGCCUACGGCCUCGGACUUGAAUACCGAUUUCGAGCCGGAAAAAUCUCAUUUUCUGCUCUAGGUGCGAAAUAUACUAUUUCAAUAUCACUGUUGUGUGGGAAUCCACCUGAAAUCGUGCUACAUCAAAAACCAGGAGUAACGUUCUCGUCAAAUGCUCAGUUUUGGCAUAGCUGAUGAAUGUUCCCGGGAAAAAGCUCUCUAGUAGGCAUUUUAUUGAACUUGAUAUUCCAAAACAUCAGUCAAUGAAAGAUGUUUUUAAUUAUGUAAUUUAUUAGCUUUAAUUAAAUGUAUAAAAUAUAUUUAUAUGUUUUUUUGUUGAUUGGCAGUCCUUUGAUGGGGACUCCUCCCUCAGCCGAUCAAUACUAAUUUCUCCUCCAAUGGGCAUUAAUAAUGUACAUUCAUUGAAUGUAAGAACUUUGAAGUAAGUAAUUUUUUAAGCAAUUUUCAAUAACGUGUUAUUGUUCUCUCUUCUCAUAUUGUUUCAAUUUACUUGAGGAGAUUUAUGUCUAGUUAUUGUAAUUGAAAAAUCAUAUAACUUUUCAGAAAUCUCCUCCAAUUUUACGUCUGCUAUUCCAGUUGUGCUAAAUUAAAUCUAGAUUGAAUCAAAAUUAAUUAUUAUAAAUAGUAUUUUAUAAUUUAAUCUAUCAUUGUGUCUUGUUUUUCCAUAUUCUCUGUCUUCUUAUUGAUGUAUUAUAAUGUUGAAUAUUUUGAUAAAAGGAAAUUAAACUAUUAUUUGUAAAAUUAUUA